AUGAUUAGCGCGCUCGACGGCGUCGUCGGCGGCUGGUCGAAGAACGGCGACACGAUGGUCAUCUUCGAUCCGGAAAAGUUCGCGGCCGAGAUCAUCCCCCAGUACUUCAGGCACAACAACUUCCGGAGCUUCGUGCGGCAGCUCCACCACUACGGCUUCCAGAAACUGCGCGCCGACGCAAACGCGGGCCCGGCGGCGCAAGCGCAGUGCGAGUUCAAGCACCCGAAUUUCAGAAGGGGCCGCCACGACCUGCUGGUGCUGAUCGAUCGUGACACCCGCCCUGGCCACGGCGGCCCCGACGCGGCGGCGCAGCGCGCGAGGCAGGCGGAACUCGGACGGGAGGUCGCGGACCUGCACUCCAAGGUCGCGAACCUGACGGAGACGCUCGACAAGGUCGUCGGCGUCCUGGCGUCGCAAGGCCUGGGCCUGGACGGCGAACACCUGCUGUCACUGACGCACGCUCCGGAGGACUCCGGCGUCGAGGAGGAGGCGUCAGUCGACUCGGACGACGAUGAAAUUUGGGUGCUCCGGAGGCCGCCGGCCGAGAUCAAGGCCGACGCGAUGCGCUUGCACGCCGCGGCGGCCGCGGAGGCGGCCGUGGAGCGCGCCAGAGGCGGCGGCGCCGACGACGCAGCAGAGGAUUUUGGAAAGUAUCCCACAGCUCAUGAUAAAACUGUUUGAGCGCUGCAUUCCCCUCUCCCGUGUAAAUAGCCUUCUAUAAUAUCAAUUUAGUACGAGCUGUAGCGCAAUUGACCUAGAUUGGCAUUAACCUGAGGGGUCAUUUACCUGUUUUCCGUCGGUAGCGGUCCUGCGGCGUCCUCUGCUGCUGCUCUAGGACUCCGUGUUUGGCUUGGCGGACAAUGAUUUUGCUAGUGGGACGAUCUAGUGAUUCGAGGUCUCUCGUACAUCGUCGUCUCCAGGUCAUAAGAGACGACCCGGCGAGAUAGGUGCGGCCAACAGUGUUCGAGACACUCCAUCGCUGCAAACGAAGCCGUACGCUUGCGAAUCUCGGGCCGCGAGCAGCCUGGGCCCACAAUAGCCGCGCUUACGAGGGUCGGGCGAGCAGCGGGUUCGUGGACCGCGGAGACCGUCCGCCUCCGCACACGGUGCGCCGGACCACCGAGGCGCCGCAGCGCUCGCGUAUACACAGCGAGACCGGCCACAGGACCCCCAGAUUUCAAACAAGAGGCGUACGAAUAGCGCGGAGCGCGACAGAGACCACCGCGACGCCGUCGACGCGACAAGACGCGAACGCGUCUCUCCACGCAGGUGCCGGCGCAUCAUUUGAAGAAGGCGACGAGGACGCCUGGGAGGAGGAAAAGAUGUUCUUUGGAGGGGGCGGCAUCCCCUUCGGCAUGGACGGCGACAUGCCCGGCGGCAUGGGCGGCAUGGGCCGUUCUCGCGAACCGGCGGACACGCAAGCUUUGUAUGACGUGCUCGGUGUGACGAAGAAAGCCACGCAGUCGGAAAUAAAGAAAGCUUUCAGAAAACUAGCCCUCAAGAAGCACCCGGACAAGGGCGGCGACGUCGAGGAGUUCAAGAAGAUCCAGGCGGCCUACGAGGUGCUCGGCGACGAAGAGAAACGGAGCAAGUACGACCAGUACGGCUUGGAAGGUCUGGAGGGCGGUGAUAUGCCCGAAGGUAUGGAUAUCUUCGACAUGUUCUUUGGCGGGGGUCGGCGAAGGCGAGGUGGUGGCGGCAAGAGAAAAGCCGAGGACACGGUCUACCCUCUCAAAGUCUCGCUCGAGGAUCUCUACAAUGGCAAGACCGCAAAGUUAGCUAUUACUCGUAAUGUGAUGAAGGGCGAACCGAGAAAGUGUAGCACGUGCCGAGGGCAAGGCGUGGUGAUCCAGAUGCGCCAGAUCGGCCCGGGCAUGGUCCAGCAGUUGCAAGCGAGGUGUCCCGACUGUUCCGGUGGUUAUAAAGUUACGAUGAAGAAGGAGCGCCAGGUGUUGGAAGUGAACGUCGACAAGGGCGCCACGCACAACACGAAACUUAGAUUUAGCGGCAUGGGCAACGAGCAGCCGAACACGGAGCCGGGCGACGUCGUUUUUGUGUUACAGCAAAAAGAUCAUGCCGUGUUCAAGCGCAAGGGCGCCGAUCUGUUGAUCCAGAAGGAUGUGGCGCUCGUCGAGGCGUUAUGUGGGUUCGAGUUCGUCGUCAAACAAUUAGAUGGUCGAUCAUUACUAGUGAAGUCGAAACCGGGCCAGAUCGUCCGGCCCGAGGUCUCGGCGGGCGUGCCUUAUGUAUUAUGCGUAGAUGGAGAGGGCAUGCCCAAGGCGGGGAACCCCUUCGACAAAGGAAGGCUCUUCGUGCUAUUUACCAUAGUCUUCCCGCCGAAUUAUUCGUUGGGGGACGAGCAGGCCGCGUUGCUCAAACAAGCGCUACCGCCGGCCCUCAACAUGGACACCUACGACGCGAACGAGGUGGAAGAGGCCAUGCUGGAAGAGAUCGACUUGGACGAGCUGGGCAAGGGCCAGGGCGCGGCGGGCGGCGACUCGGAGGACGACGAGGACGGCGACCCGCGGCAGCGCGUCCAGUGCGCGCAGUCCUAGGCGUUCUUAUCCCUUCCCCCCGGUUUCUGGCGCCUAAAACCAUAUGUUCCGA